AUGGGCAGGCUGGGGCCCAUCACAUCGCUAGGACUCGGGCGGUCCCCAUAUGACGAAGUGGUCCCAGGCGAAGGUCCAGAGGAUUCGCGUUCUCCCCAGCAGCUGUAUGAUGAGCGAGGCCGCCCUAUCAACCCAGAGACUAAGCGUAUCAACCGGGAUGUCAUUCGCUCUCAUAAUGAAGUGAUGAUGGUUAUUGGUGUUGCCGAACCAGAGAAUAGCGCCGCCGAUGCACAGCUCGAGGCAGCCCGCAGGCAUCACCGAUAUGAAGACCGCAUCGGCAGGAGGCUGCUUUUGGCUGGCGGUGUGCUGGAGUCGGCGGCCAUUUGGGGCGUGAAUGGUAUGAGGCAGCGCAUCUUGCUCUAUAAACCAUACUCGCAAACAACCUUUUAUGGCAUGUUCCAACUCGCAUGGAGCCAACAGUCUGUGGGCUCCUACUUCUUCGGCGGCUUGCCAUCGUUUCUGGCGAGCACUCUCCUAGAGCAGCUACCGGCCCCUGAGCUGAAGAAAACCACAUUCUGGGUCCCCAACUGGCGGUUCUUCAUCCCGGGAACUAGCAUAUCACCUAUCCCCAUUCCACCGACUCCCAUCUCAUAUCGCCCCCGAACCCUUCUCGGGUGGCUUGGCACCUUCGCACUUGGUGUAGCGCCGUUCGCUGGUUUCUACCUCUAUACCAAGUUCCACACUGUCAUAACCAAAACGUUGCGGUACAAGAUCCACCAGCUACUUCCACGGCCACACAACGCGCACAAGCGGCGGCACUUUGGGUCCAACUUACCCACGGGCGCCGAGUUUGCCUCUGUCGAACACAGAACUGAUGAAUCACCCGCUUCCCCCACAGCACCAACACCAACAACAACACCCAACCCCUCCGCCACCCCCGCUCACCGGCGACAAAGCACCGUAUCCCUCCGCGGCGACAAUAGCGCCGACCAACCCACCUUCGGCGGUUCCACCCAAGGCACGCAGGACGACUUCGCCUCAGACGACGAAGACAACGAGAUAAUCAGCGCCACGCUCAUCAGCUUCGACGUCGAGGCCACCGACCCCACCACCCCUCUGGACCCCACCUCCACCCACUCCGCCGCCGCGCACAACGGCGGCGAUGACGCCACCCCAGGCGCCUGGUCCGCCGAGCUGCGGCCCAACCCCAACCUCGGCGACGCCAACCGCGGCGGCGGCGGCGGCGACUACGGCUUCCCAGGCGGCGGUGACGGCGGUGACGGUGGCGACGGCGAGGGCGCCAACGGCAGCAGCGCGGCCCAGGACAACCGCGUGUACCGCGAGAACGUGCUCACGCGGCUGCCCGCCAUCCUGGCCACCGACGUGCUGGCCAUCACGCCCGCGCGGCUGCUGAUGACGCCGCUGGCGUCGCUGGUGUGGGUGGGCCUGGCGCGGCCGUAUAUGCGGCGGAUGGGGAUGCCGAUGGAGGGGGUUGUGGAGGGCGCCGGGUGGUGGUGGGGGCUGAGGGGGGCGAGGGGCAUGGUUAAUAUGUUGGGCUUGGAGCUGUUGUUGGCUGUGAUGCAGUGUGAGGCGUGGGCGGUCAUCAUGCUGGCGGCGGAGCGGUUUAGGUUUACGGCGGAGGAGUGGAAUGAGAAGGAGGGGUUGUUGGGGGAGGGUGAGGGUGAGGAGGACCGGGAGCUGGAGAUGAACUAG